AUGCUACCCUUCUACACUGAUUGGAGCGCUUCCCUGAAUUUUUUUCUAGGAGCCAACACCGCGCUCUUUAUCACAGCUUUGCCGAUUGUUUACUCUGUCGGGAGUCGAUAUUUCAGGGGCCGGAAUCAAACUCUUCCAACACCAUCAUCGCCGGCACCGUUGUCGCCUACACCGUCGUUGCCUAUUAAGCUGCCGUAUUUCGCUCCAGAUAUUCCACAUCCUCUUACGGAAAACACGGAGAUAGAGAAUGCCACUCUUCUAGUCAAGCACAACGGGUAUAAGGUUGUUCAAGUUGCAACCAAGGUUAAGAUCCCACGAGUUUAUGCACUUUACAAUGACCCUGAGUCGUUGACAAACUAUAUCAUUAUGGAAUUUAUUGAAGGCAACUCCCUAGACACUCAGUGGGCACACUUCACCAAUUGCCAGAAGUGUGAAGUUGCUACAACACUCAGACAAUACUUUGAUGAACUACGCAACUCCCCUCACCAGGCUACACUGAAUGAGGCUCUGGCUUUGAAAUAUAUUGGAGAGUCUGAGCAUCGUACCACCUACAAUACUGAUUUCUAUCGUCGAUCGCUAUCGCAUGUUUUCCGCGGCCAUGUGCCGAAAUUCACGCAUGGAGACUUCCAGCGCAAGAACAUUAUGAUUAAACAACUGCCCAAUAACGCCAAUAAUAGCAAAUAUGAGGUGACUAUCAUAGACUGGGAAACAGCUGGAUGGUACCCCAGCUACUAG